AUGGAGCUCAUUUUUCUUUUGUUGUGGGCCAUGCUCAGAUCCGGAGAGGCAACUGGACAUGGAAAUGGGAAGUGCCCCGCCCCACACUACAUUGAGUUUGCUGAGAUUAUCAUUGACAGGGUCAUGCUGGGCAGCAAGGGGCGAUACAAGUGUGAAGAUGGCUAUAAAAGGACAAUUGGGGAGAGUAAUUUAAUUGUCUGUAUUAAUGAUACUGGGCUCAUUCGCUGGACCACAAAAACUUCUGUAUGUACACGGGUCUCCAUGGCUACUUCACAGCAGUCAGAAAGAAAACCACAGAGCAGUGCACCUGAGAAUCCAGUCACCAUAGAGCCAUCUGACACAGCAGGUUAUUGUGGGAUACCCAGCCCUGUGGAACAUGCCACACCUACGAUGACACAUUAUGCCGUAGGUCAGGAACUGCAUUACAAGUGUCUGAGAGGUUAUGAUGCUCGACCCCCAACCUCUGAUAUCAGCACAUGUAAGGAAGAGAGUGGGAAAAUCUUCUGGACAAGGCUAAGUCUGCUGUGCACUAAUGACAGCAAGAGUGGAGAAGAGAUGACACAACCAAUUCCAAUAACAGCUACAUCAGAGCUGUCCCAUGUCCCAUCGGUGAUGUUGCCUGUCACAGUUGCUGUCUCUACUGUCUUCCCAAUCAUUUUCAUCCUUUUGGGGUGGAUCAUCGUACCGAAACUAUGGAGACGGAGGAGUUUUACAGAAGAAGUAAAGACUGAAAAGACAAAGUCCAUUCUAAUAACAGCAGCAAGAGUGGAAAUGGAAAGUGAGGUGGAAGCUCACAGAUUAAAAUCCAAUAUGUGAAGGAAGUAGCAGAUGUUUCACCUUAACACUCAAGCUGGAUUGCAGUGGGACAGACUGGUUCCUGCCUAGAGCCAAGCUAUCUGAGCUCUCAGUGCUCAGAAAAGAUCUAUAGCAUACGGAAUAUGGGCUGUAUUGUUAUUAACAGACAAAGAACUUCUUUCACAUUCAUUUCAAGUUGCUGCUAUGUAUGU